AGGCCCCGUUGGGCUGGGUGUCUGGAGCCGCUCGGGCCGGGGCGGCGCGGCCGGUGCUGGCCCCAUGAAGCUGCGGGCAGAGGCGGAGCAGAGACCGGCCUGGGCCUGUCCCGCUGCCCCUCGCGGGCUUGGCCGCUUUACCGGUGGGUCGCCCCCGGCCGCUCAGCGGGGCCCGCCCCACCCCGCGCGCAGGUGCGGUUAGCGCGGCCGGCAGGUGAGGAUGAGUUUCCCCGGCGGCGUCUCCGGCUCUCCCGGAUGCCGCGGCUGAGGCUGCUGCGGCCCGUGCCCCGGCCCCUGCCAUGGCUCUGCUGGGCUCCGGGGCGGCGGCCGAGGGCUCCUCGGCGGGCGGCGGCGGCCCGUCCUGCCCGCUCUGGACCGCGCUGUACGAUUACGAGGCGAACGGGGAGGACGAGCUGAGCCUGCGGCGGGGCGACGUGGUCGAGGUGCUGUCCAAGGAUGCGGCCGUCUCGGGGGACGAUGGCUGGUGGGCGGGCAAAAUCCGCCACCGCCUCGGCAUCUUCCCGGCCAACUAUGUGACUUACCAGCCGGGCCGGUACCCGCCCCAGCACCGCCAGCAGGACAAGGGCGGGCGCCCGGCCCCGAGCCCGGCUCCGCAGGACUGGCGGGCCGGAGGCGGGGGAGACCAGCCAGGCUCCCUAGCCCAGAUUGACUUCCAGCAUCUGGAGCUGCAGGAGAUCAUUGGCGUGGGGGGCUUCGGCAAAGUGUAUCGGGCCACCUGGAGGGGCCAGGAAGUGGCGGUGAAAGCGGCCCGGCAGGACCCCGAUGAAGACAUCAUGGCCACAGCGGAGAGCGUGCGGCAGGAAGCCAAGCUGUUCUCCAUGUUGAAGCAUCCCAACAUCAUCGAGCUGCACGGAGUCUGCCUGCGGGAGCCCAACCUCUGCCUGGUGAUGGAGUUUGCGAGGGGAGGCUCCCUCAAUAGAGCCCUAGCAGGGGCAGCCACCACCGGCGGGGGAAGCCGUUGGGGCCGCCGCGUACCUCCGCACAUCCUGGUGAAUUGGGCAGUACAGAUAGCCCGCGGGAUGCUCUACCUGCACGAGGAAGCCAUCGUCCCCAUCCUACACCGAGACCUCAAAUCGAGCAAUAUUUUGUUACUUCAGAAGAUAGAACAUGAUGACAUUUGUAAUAAAACUUUGAAGAUUACAGACUUUGGCCUGGCUAGGGAAUGGCAUAGAACAACCAAAAUGAGUGCAGCAGGUACCUAUGCAUGGAUGGCACCUGAAGUUAUCAAGUCUUCCGUGUUUUCUAAAGGAAGUGAUAUCUGGAGUUACGGAGUGUUGCUGUGGGAACUGCUUACAGGAGAAGUUCCUUACCGUGGCAUUGAUGGUCUUGCUGUGGCUUACGGAGUAGCUGUCAAUAAGCUUACCUUGCCCAUUCCAUCCACCUGUCCUGAACCAUUUGCUAAACUAAUGAAAGAAUGCUGGGAGCAGGAUCCUCAUAUCCGACCAUCGUUUGCCUUAAUUCUUGAACAGCUUACUGCCAUUGAGGGGGCAGUUAUGACUGAGAUGCCUCAAGAAUCUUUCCACUCCAUGCAAGAUGACUGGAAAUUGGAAAUUCAGCAGAUAUUCAGUGAACUACGGACCAAGGAAAAAGAGCUGCGAUCACGGGAAGAAGAGCUGACAAGGGCUGCUCUUCAGCAGAAAUCUCAGGAAGAAUUACUAAAGCGACGUGAGCAGCAGUUAGCGGAACGCGAGAUUGAUGUACUGGAGCGUGAGCUGAAUAUUUUGAUAUUCCAGUUAAAUCAAGAGAAGCCCAAUGUGAAGAAGAGGAAGGGAAAGUUUAAAAGGAGCCGGUUAAAACUUAAAGAUGGACAUAGAAUUAGUUUGCCUUCAGAUUUCCAGCACAAAAUAACAGUGCAAGCUUCCCCUAAUUUGGAUAAACGAAGAAGCUUAAACAGUAACAGCUCUAGUCCACCAAAUAGCCCUACAAUAAUUCCUCGUCUUCGAGCUAUACAGCUAACCUCAGAUGAAAGCAACAGAACCUGGGGAAGAAGCACAGCUUGUCACCAAGAAGAAUUUGAAGACGUGAAGAAAAGCUUUAAAAAGAAAGGUUGCACAUGGGGACCAAGCUCAGUUCAAACAAAGGAACGUGCAGAUUGUAAGGAGAGAAUAAGACCUCUCUCCGAUGGCAACAAUCCUUGGUCAACUAUUUUAAUGAAAAGUCAGAAAGGUGUUCCAUUAGCCUCCCUGUUUGUGGACCAAGAUGUUUGUACAGAGCAGAGACUUUUCCCUGAAGGCUUGGAUGCAAAAAGACCAAAGCAAAUGAAGUUGCCAAAUCAGGCUUAUAUUGAUCUACCUCUUUGGAAGGAUGAUCAGGGAGAAAACACUAUAGAACAUGAAAGCUUUGAAGAAGGAACCUCUGCUAGUUCUGCAAAUAGUACUCCACAAAUGACUCCUACAAACAGUCUCAAUAGAACACUGCAGAAAAAGAAAACUGACUCUAUAUUGUAUGGAUGUGCUGUUCUCCUUGCAUCUGUAGCUUUGGGCUUGGAUAUUAGAGAGCUAAACAAAUCACAGGUUCCAGACGAACUGUUGCCAAAGGAGGAGAAGAAGAAGCGGGACAGAAUAUUUCAGCGUGCUUCAAAGUUUCGCAGGAGUGCAAGUCCUACAAGAUUGCAGUCCAAAAAAGAGGAAACCCAUAUUCCAUCUCUAAGUCCAUCUGCAAAUACUGUGAAUCUUCUCUCUAUGCCUUCCCUUUCCACCAAAUGCUUGCUUCAGUCUGACAGUGAAGAUGCGUUUGUAAGCAUCACUCCCAGUGAUUGUGACACAGGCAUUCCCAUUGAGGCCUUUUCAUCUGAAACUUCGGCAACUAAGACGGGGGAACAAAGGGUAAAGCCGGUGCUUGACACUGAUCCUGCGAUGUUAAAGAAUCAGUCUCCUAUUCUUCCUCUGAAACAAGAAUCUGAAAAAGUGCCAAAUGACUCUUCAUCAAAAUUGAGACAAUUGGGUCACAGACGAACCAUGUCAGAUGGAAAUACUUUCCAGACUACAUGUGGGUAACAUAGAAUAUCAGAGAGAUAUAGCGGGUCUAUACCUCUCCUCCCCCUCCCCCCCCCCGACAUGCACCAUGACCCGUCACCUGAAAAGCAAAGAGCUGUCAAUAUUAUAUCAAGGCCUCGACCUUCUUCUCUAAGAAGCAGAAUAGAUCCAUGGCAAGUUCUUCCACAAAGUAUAAAGCCAGACUCUACAGAAGUGGACUAUUUAGAGAGUUAUGUAGGUCCCAAUGUUAACUUUGUACCAGAUACUGAGGAGAGAACUAAAUCCCACAUUCCCUCAUUACUUGAUAUUGAUGUGGAAGGUCAAAACAGAGACUGCACAGUGCCUUUGUGUAGAAUGAAGAACAAAACUUGUCGGCCAUCUAUAUAUGAACUGGAGAGAGAAUUUUUGUCUUAAGUGCCUGGCAUUUUUAAAGUAUUUCCUUUUUUAAGGAGAAGAGAAAAAUGUAAAUUCUUUUGUACAUCUAAUAUUUCAUGCUACUGUUUUCUAAAAUACUGUGGCCAAUACUACCAAAAUUUUUGUAAUGGGCAGCUAAUUUUGUACAAUGUAUAACAAGGGGCCUAUCUUGAAUUUUUACUGGAAUCCCAUCUAGUAACCUUAAAAGCACAAUGCUGGACAACAGUAUUCUGGACAUACAUCUCUAAGCACACUUUGAAUUGCUAAAUUAACUUGUCCAAUUACCUCCCACAAAAUCUCACCUUUUCUCUGCUAGAGCUCUUGCUUUUUGGUGUGUUUUUUUUUGUUUGU